UGCAAUGGCGGAAGUAAAAGUGACGAGAGUUUCUCAUCAUGAAAAACCAGUUGAUACGGCGAAUAGGGAUGCUAUAGCUGAUGGUUUGGUUGGCCUGCUCAGGCCUGCAGUCCAGGAGAUUGACCAGAGAGUCAUAGAUGUCAGAGAAAGUCAGGUUGAGCUUCGAACGCAAAUUGACACUUUGGCAGAAGACCUGCGUAGGAUCUCCGAUGCCAAAGGUGUACCAAUAGACCUUGACCCGUAUGUGAAGAAAUUAGCUAAUGCCAGGAGAAGAGUCAUGUUAGUCAAUAAUAUCUUACAGAAUUGUCAGGAAAGAUUGGGAAAACUUCACUACAAUGUAUCUAAAGAGACAGCUCGGAGGAAGGCUCUACUGGACCCACCAUCCCCUGGACCACCAAAGUGAAAGGGUCUAAGAAGUGUACUUAGGGGCCAUAUGAACUGAUUGCUACAAUGACUGAAUGGGAAGGCAUAAUUAAAGGUCCUAAUUCCAGCGUGUUUCGUGGCUUGAAAAUGUACCACCUGUGCUUCCUGUCCCUUCAAAAAUAGGCCUAGCGGAGCACACUGUUGUUAAGGAAACAUUAAAUGUAUCAUCCUAGUCAUGAUAAUGAAGUUGAAAGAGGCUUUUUUUGUGCUAAAUCAAAUGUCAUUUCAUUGCUUUUUAUACUUUGCAUUAUUUCCUAAGCUAUUUGCUUACUGACAGACAUUCCUGAUUCAAGCUCCACUGUCUGGGAGUAUUUUUAUGACCGAGUUGCACAAAGACAGAUUCAGUCAUGUUUGGUAAUAUUGCCAUUCAUCCUUUAUUGAUCUUUUGAGGACAAUAGUGACAUAAGUGAAUUCAAUGGAGAUGGCUUGGUUAAAGGAAGGGGUGGGGCAUAAAGUUGUGCCAGAUCAAAUACAGCAGAACCUCUCUAUUUAAAGGACACCCGCAGGACUGACAAAUGCUGUCCUUGAUAGAGAGAUGUCCUGAUUAAUGAGGUCAAAUUGAAUGGAAACAACCACUAUUGGACCCAGACUAAUGUCCUUAAUAGAGAGGGUGUCCUUAAUAGAGAGGUGUCCUUAAUGGAGGUGUUGGUGAAGGGAGGUUCCACUGUACCUGUAGCAUUCAUCUUGGGAGGAAUCCGUCAGCUGCAACUUAGAUGAUAUCAAGUAUAGAUUAUCUUUAUUUGACAGUGUGCAAGCGACAUGAUGGGAUAAUGAAGUAAUAUAUAUUAAUGCUGUAUAUAUUGUUGUAAAUGAUAAAAACAGAUAAAUAAAACCAUGA